GCAGUAAAGUCGGGUACUGAAAAGCCAGGUACCCCCGGCAAACCGUGUGCCGUACGGCCUGCAUAGUGAGUGGAUAGAAUGUUGGCGGACAUGGAAAGGAAGGGCUCAUCUCGUCUCGUCUCGUCUCGUAUCGGUCUGUCGCGUGCGAGUUUUCUUGUGUAGACUCAACCAAGUGAGAAGGGGAAAGGACAUGGCUACGGACAAGCAUGGUCUGGAACGCGACAAACUCUGCGACUGCGAGGCACCCGUGCCAAAGGUUGAUGAGAAAUGGGUGCCAAAAUGCCAUGCUGUGUGCUAUACUAUGCUGUGCUAUACCAUGCUGUGCUAUACCAUGCUGUGCCCAUGCUCACUCAAGCCCGUACCCUAGGUUUUGGAUGCCAAAUGGGCAAGGAAACCCGCCCUUCAGAAGACAACCCUUACGUGAAAAACCGGGCCCAUCUCUCCAGACUUUUCACCAUCCAUUUUUUCUUCAGCACUCGGCUCACUAUCAGUGACGGGGGGUUGGGUUAUCGUGCGUGUGACAUCUGUCGGCUCCGAAGACGACGAGCAGACAACGAGUCCGGGAUGGAACCGGAAAGGUAAGAAGGGUCGCAGCGGAGAAGGGGAUCCUCGGCGGAUAUUGGAGCUUCACCUGUGCAAGGGGAAGAGGGCAGGGCAGUGAAGUGAAGCGACGAUGAUGGCCGAGGAGAAGAAUAGAAAAAAAAAAAAGGGGGGGGGGCGAUCAAGUGUCGCUGAUGAUGGA